CCCGGUCUCGGAAACCCCCUGAGCUGCCUCCGGUUCACCCGAGGAGGCCAUUGGCGGAGAGGCGUCACGUGACCACGGGGUGCCAAUGUUAUUCUACAAGGGUGUCAAGACCCUGUCAGUUUCUGAAAUAAAUAUUGGGAAACGGCGAGAUGCAAAAGGCAACCUACUACGACAGCUCUGCAAUUUACAGUGGCUACCCAUAUCAAAGCGCAAAUGGCUUCAGUUAUGAUGCCAAUCAGGUCCAAUAUCCCCGGGUCUCUCAUGUGGAAAGUGAGUACCAUCGACCCGCCUGCUCCCUGCAGUCUCCUGGCGGCUCCGUGGCUCUGCAGAAGCCGGGCGAGAUGGCGGAGGGCCGCGACAGGACCUCGGCCAUUCAGGCGGCGCAGUCCAAGGUUCUCCCCGAAAGCAAUCAACCCCCGGGGCCGGUGUCGGGCCCGCCCCCUCCCUCCUCACAAUCCCCCGGUGCUAUCAGCCAAAACGCCAGCAACGGGUCCAGCCAGGCCGGUGCCAAGAACAGCUCCCCGACCUCCGGUGGCCGCAGCAAACAGAUCUUCCCCUGGAUGAAGGAAUCCCGUCAGAACACCAAGCAGAAACCCGCCAGUAGCUCCAGUUCAGUGGAGAGUUGUCCCGGAGACAAGAGCCCUCCGGGGUCAGCGGCGUCAAAGAGGGCCCGGACAGCUUACACCAGCGCGCAGCUCGUGGAGCUGGAGAAGGAGUUCCACUUCAACCGGUACCUCUGCAGGCCCAGGAGGGUGGAGAUGGCCAACCUGCUGAACCUCACCGAGAGACAGAUCAAGAUYUGGUUCCAGAACCGCAGGAUGAAGUACAAAAAGGACCAGAAAGGCGUCGGGAUGAUGCCUUCUCCUGGUGGACAGUCUCCGCGGAGUCCCGUGGGCCCUGCCUCCGGCGGCGGCGGMGGUGGGGGAGGCGGAUACCUCAGUUCUAUGCAUUCUUUGGUGAACAGUGUACCAUACGAAUCCCAGUCGCCGACCUCUUAUAACAAACCUCAUCAAAAUGCAUACAUGGCGACGUCAUACCCCCCUCCUUUGAACAGCUCCCUCAACAACUGCCCCCCCUCCCAGAAGAGGUACCCCGGCUCAGACUCGGCCACGCCCGAGUAUGACGCGCACCCGCUUCACGGCAAUGGCAACUAUGGGACUCACAUGCAAGGCAGCCCCGUUUAUGUCGGCGGAGGCUACAUCGACUCCAGUUCCGGCGCGUCGGUGUUCGGCCUGACCCACCUCCCGCACCCGCCGUCCGCGAACAUGGAGUACAACGGAGCAAUCACAAUGGGCAACAGUCAGCACCACGGAGUGUGUGACCCCACGCCGACUUACACAGACCUAACGCCGCACUACUCUCAGGGAAGAAUCCAGGAAGCGCCCAAACUGACGCAUCUGUAGCAGUGGAUCACUCCGCCCCAUUGUCUUCAUCCACCUCCAGACAUACUUCCUGCUUUGUUUCUGCGCCUCCUCACGGCUCCAACCUUCUCCUCUGCUCUCCCCCACUUUUCUGUUCCCUCUAUAGUUUGAUGUGUGAAGUAGCAGUAGGAUAAAUAAUCACGACUUGCUUGGAUUUUUCCUCUUCUAUUUGCUUGUUGUCAUUGUCUCACGAGGACCUUUUUUAUCUAGAGAUAGCGGGAGGGAGGGGUGCGCRCAGCUUAGUACGACUAGACCUAUUUAACCUUUCCUUUUUGAAAAUCUUGUUUUCAACUCAAACAGGGUAUUAUGAACACGUGUUACUCAUUUUUAAUGUGAAUUUGUCCGUCCUUUAUUUAUCCGCAUUUGAAGAAUUUGUUAUUUUCUUUUGCAUUUUGUUGCACUUGUGUAAAAGACCUCAAUAGCCACGAGAUUGUGAAGGGAGAGAUAUUCAUUCUCACAAAGAAAAAAAGGAAAACACAAGGGUCCUGUGCUUUUUACGCGUCACUUCCCUUGUUUUUUUUAUGUUUUGUUCCAUUUGGACUUAAUGUUAUUUAUUUUGUUGGCUGUCAAACGCAAAAAAAGAGACUCGUUUUAGUAUUAUUUGACAUCCCUCCAUCUUUGUGUGUGUUUGGGGAGGAGAAGAUUGGUGGGGGGGAAAUGGAGUUUUGGCCAUUUUCAGCUAUUUUCAACAUAAAUGUGCACUCUGGGGCAAAAAA